CUUGUAUAGACUCCAGAAUACCUCAGAACUGGAAGAAACUCCCCUCACCGAAUGUUCACCGUCUGGCUCAAUAAAAAACAAAGAUAACACGGCAGACUAUCUCAAUGACCGGCGCCGCAGUAAAUUUUCCGGCCGGAGAUUCCAAAGCAAUGGAGGAAUUAUCUCUACCAGAAGAUGUCAUUCAACCAUUGUUUGAAAUCGCUAAAUCGUUUGACCUAAAAGAGGCAUUACAAAUUCUUGUAAAAAUCUCAAGAAUUGACGAUGGCCGCGCUGACCUUGCUUCUAAGAAUGUUCUUCCUUUGGUGUUGAAGCUUUGCCAAUCUAUUCCGUACUCUUCGGGUUGUGAUCACCUCGCGCUCUGUUUAAAACUCCUGAGGAACUUGUGUGCCGGGAAUGUCACUAAUCAGAGCCUUUUUGUUGCGUUAAAUGGACCUCGGAUUGUUUCUGCGUUUUUUUCGUCUGUUCCUGAGCCGGAUCAUGGGAUUAUUAGGUUUGGAUUGCAGGUUUUGGCUAAUGUUUGUUUGGCUGGACGAGAACAUCAGCAAGCUAUUUGGCGGUGUUUUUUUCCUGAUGAUUUUUCUGCCAUUGCAAAAGUUCGAAGUCAGGGUACCUGUGAUCCUCUCUGUUUGGUUUUGUAUGUUUGUUGUGAUGGAAAUGCUAGCUUGCUUGUUGAGCUUUGCGGAGAUAAAGGGUUACCUAUCGUGGGCGAAAUUGUGAGGACUGCAUCUAUGGUCAGUUUUAGAGAAAAUUGGUUCAAGAACAUUGUAUCAUGGAUAUGUUUGGAUGAAUUGCACUUCCGCAAGUUGUUCUCUAUUUUGUAUUCUGGUUGUGAUUCUGAAGAGAGUGAUUCAGAUGGUAAACUUUUCUCGACAGAACAAGCUUUUUUUCUCAGUAUUAUGUCGGAGAUCAUAAAUGAACGUUUAAUGGAGAUUGCUGUGUCUAUUGAUUUUGCGUCAUGUGUUUUUGGAAUACUCAAAAAGUCAAUUGGGAUUGUUGGUUCUGUGUCAAGAGGCAAAUCUGUUCUUCCAACAGGCAAUGCUGCAGUUGAUGUUCUUGGAUACUCGCUGACCAUUUUAAGAGAUAUAUGUGCCCAGCCUCGUAAAGAUAACCUGGAUGAUGAUUUAGCAGAUGUCGUUGAUACAAUUUUGUCUUAUGGACUUCUUGAAUUGCUUGUUGUUGUACUUCGUGACCUUGAGCCUCCAGUGAUUAUCAAGAGAGCCAUAAAACAGAGUGACAACCAAGAAGAAACUCCUUCAGAGUCGUAUAGUCCAUGCCCUUACAAAGGAUUUCGGAGAGAUGUUGUUGCAGUAAUCGGCAAUUGUGCUUUCCAGAGAAAGUCCGUACAAGAUGAGAUUAGACAGAAAAAUGGGAUGCUUCUGAUGUUACAACAGUGUGUCACAGAUGAAGAUAACCCGUUUUUAAGGGAAUGGGGCAUAUGGUGCGUGAGGAAUUUACUGGAAGGGAAUGUGGAAAAUCAGAAAACAGUAGCCGAAUUGGAACUUCAAGGAACUGUUGAUGUAGCGGAGCUUUCUGGACUUGGUCUGAGAGUCGAGGUGGAUCCAAAUACUAGACGUGCGAAACUUGUAAACAUGUCCCCAAAUGCGAGCUGGGGUAGCUAACUAGUCCCCAUCUAAUGCAUCCCCAAUAGCAUAAUCUUCGACUACGGAUCUGGAAUUCACCUUUGGCUUUUAUUUUCUUAUAUUCGUGAUGGUUUCAAGUAAAAUUGCCAGAACAGUGACGGUUUUUAGAAUACUGCGCAUGUGCUACUUAUCACUAAGGUCGAAGAUCAUUUUGAGGUAGCAAGCCUGAACGUCCACAGAAUCUAGAAUGCAAAUUCGGUAAAGACGCACAACAGAAACUGAAUCUCAAGGGCUUGUGAUUUUCCACAAAAGAAACUAAAAAUCUAUGAGUAGUUCUCUGAUUGUAACAUCAAGUACCAUUUUGUUUACAAGAAAUAAAAAAAAAUCUCAAGAACUUUUAUCUCA